AAAUUGCAAGGCAGCUGGAAGAGCCAGCCUGCUCUACAUCUGAUGCACUGAUAGUAAACAGUGAUUGGAGCCAUUCCUGUUAGUCAUUUGGAAAUAAUGAGUAGAAAUAUAUUAUCUGACACUUAGUGCGGCAAAUACUUGUAUGUGAUCCUGUGCUUUUACAGGAUAGGCUUUCCUUUGUGUUUGCUGGGGAGUUGUCCUGUGAAAAUUGGAACUAUGACAUUUCUUUUAGCUGAUUCUAGCAAGAAUGAAGGGAAACAUUCUAAUGGGAAUGGACUUGUUUACAUUAAGAACCCUCACUUGGAUUUAAUGGAUGAAGAUAUUCUUUACCACUUAGACUUAGGGACCAAAACGCACAAUCUGCCAGCCAUGUUUGGUGACAUAAAGUUUGUCUGCGUGGGUGGGAGCCCCAACAGAAUGAAAGCUUUUGCUCAGUUCAUGCAUAAAGAACUUGGACUUGAAGGAGAUGGCAAAGACAUAAAAGAUAUUUGCGCUGGGACAGACCGGUAUUCCAUGUAUAAAGUUGAGUCAGUGCUCUCCAUCAGUCAUGGGAUGGGAGUUCCCUCCAUUUCUAUCAUGCUUCAUGAGCUAAUCAAGUUGCUACACCAUGCAAAAUGCAGUGAUGUUACCAUUAUACGCAUCGGUACUUCAGGGGGAUUAGGGAUUGAACCUGGGUCAGUUGUAAUAACAGAUAUGGCCGUAGAUUCAUUUUUUAAGCCUCGGUUUGAGCAGGUGAUACUGGACAAUGUGGUAACGCGAAGCACUGAACUUGAUCAAGACCUUGCUGAGGAGCUCCUAGAAUGCAGCAGAGAGAUUAAGGACUUUCCAACACUUGUUGGCCAUACGAUGUGCACUGAUGAUUUUUAUGAGGGUCAGGGACGAUUAGAUGGAGCAUUGUGCUCCUUCUCCAGUGAAAAAAAGCUAGAGUACUUAAAAAGAGCUUACAAUGCCGGAGUUAGAAAUAUAGAAAUGGAAUCAACUGUGUUUGCGGCUAUGUGUAGGCUCUGUGGCCUUAGAGCUGCAGUGGUCUGUGUGACUCUGCUUAAUCGACUUGAAGGUGACCAAAUCAGAGCGCCUCAUGAAGUUCUAGUUGAAUAUCAGCAACGACCUCAGCAACUGAUUUCAAUGUUUAUCAAAAAACAACUUGGACUAUGGAAUCUAAAUGAAUUAUUAGAUAAUGCCAUCUAGAAGAGUUGUGGAACAUGUUUGCCUCUUUCUCUGUCUCUGUCUCUCUCUUUGUCUCUCUCUCUCUCACACACACACACACUCACACUCACACACUUUAUGUAGGUCUUAAUGUGUAGUCCAGCCUCCCCCAACCUGGAGCCCUCCAGAUAUUGUUGGGCUAAGUCUCCCCUGCUAUAAACUAAUAGCAAGCCUUCAGUCCAAAGGUCCUUUUCAUUCCACAAAUAUCUGAACUGAGCCACGUUUCUCAUGCCACGUUUUUAGCAAUUAUACAUGGCACCAGGUCAGCCAAAUGCUGGGUACACGGGUGUCGGUAGUAGCCAGUAGAAAGUAUCUUUACUUAUCAUCAGGACUGUUUAUAGUAAUAGUGAGCCAAGGUAACUCUGGUACCUUGGGGAUUACUUCCCAGUUGACUGAAAAGCAAAUAUACUGCUCCUGUAUACUUUUACUGCUGUUUGCCACGCCUGUGAAGAAAGGCUAGAAUAUUAUUUUAGAACACAGUGGGGUAACAUUUCAUUUUAGACAUCUGUCAGGAAUUGAUCAAACAGCUUCAAAACAUUUAGACAGAAGAUGUCGGUGUAUGGCAACUCCAUAGCAGCACAGAAAAAUGUUCCUAAUUGAUUAUGCUGUGAUCCUAGCUGAAUAUGGAACACCUUAAUGCUGGCUUCUUUCUGAGUGUUUCAGAAAAUAUCAGGUGAUGACAGAGAUGAAAAAAGGAAGGAAAAGAGGCAUUACGGAUUCAGAAAAUGUGAUCAGAAAUUACUUCUGACAAGUACUCUAUGCAUAUUUGCUUGCUUAUCUGAACUCAGACAUGGGAAUAAUCAUCUUUGUCUAAAUGAAAAAGUGUGUACUGUAUGGUGUAGUCUUGGAAUUUGAUUUUUUCCAUAAUAUAGUUACAUUUUAAAAUGCUGUAUGCAAUUUGAUUUGACAAUUAUGCUGCCUUGUAAUAAGUUAUUUAUAUACUUCUUUGUUUAAUAUAUCACAUUACAUCUAUUGAACAUUUCUGCAGAAUUGGUUAAUAAAGACUUUAAAAGAGAAUGGGGAAGGAUGGGGGGAAGAAAAGUUGUGUUGUAUAAGAGUGAUCAUUUAUCUGAUAAAUAUUUAUGAAAUCUUUUGUAUCAUAUAAGACUGGGAAAAGGGAGUCGUGAUAUAGCACAUGCAAAAAAUGUCUACUAUAUUCUAGAGUUUUAUUCUCCUCUUGCUUACUUUCAUUUCCUUUGUUGGGCUGACAUUGGGGAGACCCAGGUUCAAAUCCUCACUUGGCCAUGAUGCUCACUGAGAAAUCUAGAUCUAGCCUCUACCUCUAAGCCUAACUUACCUCACAGAGUUAUUGUGAAGAUAAAAUGGGGAGGUGACAACCUUGUAUGACACCUUGAGCUCCUUGGAGGAUAUAUAUGUCAUAAACAUAAACUAUGUUCCUCAUUUGUACUACUUUUGGCUUACAGGCUUGAAUAAAGAGGAUUUAUGAAA